CUUCAACACUGAGCCAUCUCAUCACGUCACAGAGCAAUUGGACGCCGAAGACAUUGUCCCAUCGGCCGAGAUGCUCCCCCAACGAAUUGCGCGGGCCUCGGCCCUGCGUAGCGGCAUGGCAGCUGCUCGACUACUUCCUACGAUCCAGCGCCGAACAUUCCUCCCCAACCAGUACACAGAUAAGAAGGUCAUUGACCAGAAGUACCCCGAGGCUCCCAGCAUGACCGAGGCGGAGGACCCCGGAAUGAACGGCGGCUACAUCAACCCACCCCGAAUCAAGCGACAGUUCCGUGACCCUCGCGCCAACUGGUGGGAUCCUCAGGAGCGACGAAACUUUGGUGAACCCAUUCACGAGGAUAACGAUGUUUUGGGAAUCUUUUCUCCCUGGGAGUACACUUGGACCACCGCCGGCCCCGGUGCCAUCAUGGUCGGAACCUUUAUCGCCGUUUUCAUGAGUGUCACUGGAAUUGUUUACCUCAACUACCCCGACCGCCCCGCCUAUCCCCGAGCGUUUGAGGGUGGUCUAGAGCGAGAGCUUGGUGGCCCAGGAGCUACAAGGGCUCGUAUGGAAGGAGAUGAGGACCCUUGA